AUGACUGAUUAUAAUUUUGAUCACCCGGAUUUUACCCAAGAACACAUCGCGCAUCUCCAAGUCCACCCUCUCGAGGCUUGCCAGCGCGAAAAUGCAUCGCUUCGUAUUAGACUUGAAACGUUCAAUCGCAUGCUCAUUGAAGCGAAAGAAGAGUCGCAAACGAGAUUGGUUCGUAUAAAGCAGGUGAGGGCGGAAAGGGAUGCUGCGUUUAAUGAAGGGGAAGCGUAUGCCAAAGGGGAAAUUCGAGAGGAGAUUGGGAUUGUGAGGAGGGAGAGGCAUGAGGCGGAGGUGAAGAGGAAGGAGGCGGAGGAGAAGGAGGCGAAAGCGCGGGAGAGGUUGAGAGAUAUGGAGAGGGAAUUGGAGGAAUUUAAAGAAGAGAGGAAGAAGGGGGUGAAUAGGAUGGAAGGGGUGGAUAGAGAAACGAUCAAUUUGUUGAAGGAGAGAGAAAGAUUUGAAGAGGAACUUCGUGAGGCCAAAGAGAUUAUCAAAGGGAAAGACUUCUAUAUACAGCGUUUGGAGGAGGAAACGAGGAGUAUGUCGGCGAAUGUGGAGGAGCUGGUGGCAGAGAGAGACACUUUGAAAGAACAUUUGACGGAGGCAUCGGAAAGGAUGUCGAUGGAUGUGGAAGAGACGCCUCCAGCGGAAAGUGAGCCGAUGAUGGCUCUGACGAAACAAUUUAAUGUGUUGUUGGCAGAGAAAAAUGAUUUACUACAGCAGUUGGAGAUUGUGACGGAAAAUCUUAUGGGGACUACGCCGAAAGAGAAUACACCGGAAAUAGGCAUACCGGAAAAGAAUAGAAAGCGGGCGGUUAGUACAUUGAGUAUUAACGCGGAUCCAGACAGCGAUGUGUUCCAGGAGUUCGAACCAAAACUGCAAGCUCCUUCUCCUCUAAGACAGACUUCUACUCCCGAAUCGAAUGAAGAUGCGGAUGAAGAAGAGCUGAAGAUAAGUAUCGAGACGAAUGAAAGUGACAACUCGAGGGAACGUUAUCGAAAAAACAAAGAGAUUUGGUCACAACGACUGACUGACCGCAUCAAAAGUCUCGAGAAGAAGAAUAUGCGUCUUGAACGCUAUCACGACAUCAGUCACGUAACUCGCGCAUUCCUCAGUCUUACGCCCGUCCAUUUCGAAGCAUUACGAGAACUGAAAGAGCGCAAGAGAAAAGAGGGCUUGAUAUUACUCGAUGUGAUGAGCAAAGAACACAAUUCGCUGAGAAAGCAAAAUCGGAACCUCGAAAAACAAUUGAAGUUAUUGGCUGAUAUGCGAAGUAGAGAAAAAGACGAUUCGGCCGAGGCACAGGACUUCAUACUUACUCAGCGCCGAUGUGAUUCAAAGGAAGAAGCUGUGAAUAUCUAUAAAAGACUGUAUGAUCAAGCGCAGAUGGCUAUGCAGAAGAUGAUAGAGACUGGGGCGGGUGUUGAUGCGGAAGAAGUUACGGAGUUGCGAAAGGAGAGGGAUAUUUAUAAGAAGAGGAAAGAGGAAUUGGAAGAGGAAAUCGAUGGUUCUUUGGGACUAAGAAAACAAUUGGCGUUCAGUGUAGCUGGAGACACAGGAGAUGUUUAUAUGGCGACUCAGUUAACACGAGUCAAAGCUGAGCUCGAAUGGCGCACAAAGGAGAGAGAUAUCGCCAUGGAAGAGUCUCACGUGGAGCAAAAUCUGACAUCCAUCAAAGAAUUAAUGGAUCAGCUAUCCCAGAAUCUCGAAAAGAGCGCUCGUCCGAUCGAGCGACAAAAUACGGAACAUGAGGAACUCACAAAGAAAUACCAAAUAUGUUUACGUCAGUUGAGCGACAAGAAGGAGAAGAUCAAAACUCUCGAGAGUUUCCUGGAGGAUAAGUAUAUGGAAACCGAGGAUCUUGCAGGCGAUGAGCACAGCGAUUCCCUCAGGGCAAGAUUAGCUCGAACAUUAAUGGAGCUUUAUCAAGUGAAGCGAACAUUGAUGGAAAAAACAAUACAGAGAAAUAGUCUCACCAAGAGCGCUGUCAACUGUUUGACGACAGUAUUACGGGAAAAUGAGACGUUGAAAAAGACAAUAGACACCCUCAAAAAACAUCCCGAUCGUGAUCCCGAACGGCCUGUUACAGACGUCGAUUUAGAAAAUGAAGAAACAAUCGCGAGCCUUCAACAGACGGUCGAUUCUUUAACGAAACGACUCAAUAAAGCGGAUUCUGCUAUCAGUUCUGCAGAGAAAAGGGCCGCGAAGUCGAAAGAUAGAUUGGAGUCUUAUAUUGGGAUGCAUGCAUUUGGAGGAGAUUCUCACCCCAGAGUUAAAGCUUUAAGAGAAAGUCGAGCUCGAGUUGCCGUAGGCCCCAAUGCAACCGAUACGCAAGUUAUCGCGAUUUUGAAAAACCAGCUGAAAGAUACCGAUGAUUUCUUGAACUUCGUUUGUGCGAAACUGGUGGUGCUGUCGGAUGAGAGACGAGAGUUGGAUACUGGGAAGGUGGAGGCGGCGGAGAGGAGAUUGGAGGAGUGUAUGGAUUUGGUGGGGGGGCCGUUGGGUCAAAAUGAGGCGUGGGAUAAUUUAAAAGGGCUGUUGAGCGAGACGAGGGAAACGUUGGUGGUUAAGAUGAAGGAGUGGAAAGAGAAGGAUAAGGAGCGGGAUUGGGCGGUGGAAAGCUUGGAGAACCUUUUGAAGGAGAGUGAGGAGAGGGGAGUGGCGCUCGCUAAGCUUUUACAUGCCGCGCAGGAAGAUGUGGAGAGUAAAGGUACGCAGGGUGGUAGAAUUGCAGAACUGGAAGAACAGUUGAAAAAGAAUGAGGAAAUGAUAAGCAAUUCACUACGGGAAAAUGAUCAACAUAAAGCCGAGACUGAUGGAUUGGAAUCCUUCCUUCAAGCUAGUGAGGUACAGACGACUCAACUCGAAGAACAACUCAGUAGGAUUGAAGAAAAAAUACAAUAUUUGCAACAAGAGAAGGAUAACCACAAAGCUGAGGCGGAGAGACUGGAAGAUCUUCUCAAAGCCAGUGAAACAAAGACGGCGCAAUUCUUUAGAAUAUUAAGGGACGAGGAAGAGGAACAAUACCGAGAAGAGAUCGAAAGAUUGCAUGAGCUCCUCUUGAUGAAAGAGGAAGAGGACAAUCAAUAUCGUGAAGAGAUUGAGAGGUUGCACGAACUUCAUACAAUGAGUGAGGCUAAAACCACCGAGCUUCUUGAGAUAUCGCUGAAAACUUCAACGCGACUAUCUCAUCUUGAAGAUGAAGGCACAAGAUGGAAGAAUGUGGCUGGGGAAAGCAUAAGGGAAAUAGAGCAGUUGCAAUCGAAGCUCGAGGAUCUAGAGGCGGAAAUUGAAUUGCUUCGUAUAGCGAACCAUCAGAAUGCGGAUACGCAAACAGAAAUGUCUAUGGCCAAGGAUAUGGAAACGCAAACAGAGAGCCCCGAAAGUCCAUCAACUCCAGCUCUGACUUCUUCAAUUCCGGAAGUAGCAGCACCCAAACCUAAGAAAUCUAAAAAGAAGGCCCCCAACAAGAAAUCUGUCAAGCGAGGAUCACAGGACUCACGAUAUAAUCCCCACCAAGACUCCGCUUCCGAAUCUCCAGACGAAGAAUUGGAAGAUACAAAGACACCCAAACCACAACCACCACCACCACCAAAACCAAAACCCAACAUUUCCAUCCGCCGAGAACUCGCCCAUCCAGUACCAUCUCCCUCCCCGGCUCCUUCUAUACAAAUCAAAUUUGUAUCCAAAAAGAAUCUCAAGAAAGCAGAAAGCAAAGAAAGGGAGGAAUAUGAUUCGCUGUAUAGAGAUGAAGGAGGAGCAGAAUCUGAAGACGAAGAGGUACCAGCGACGGAAGUAGAGCCCGUGUCGCCGGUCGAGGAGAUGCAAAAUGUGGAGGUGAAUGGAGCGAGGAGGAGUAGGAGGACGAGAAAUAAAAGUCCGGUUUAUGUGGGGGAAUUCAUUGUGGAAGGUCCGGGGAGGGCGCAGAAGAGGAAAGCGGUUAGGAGUGAGAAUUCUGGGAGGGGAAAGAGGGGGAAGAGGUGA